UUGUUUUUACACACACUGGAAGAAGAAGAAGUGACCAGCGCUGCUUAUCACAUGGAGGCAUUAUAGGAAAAUAUAUUAUUAUAUUUUUAUGUUGUUUUUCCGUGCAGUCGUCACUAUAACAAUAUAGACUUUUAUCACUCACCGACGGGUUUGCGUUUUAAAGAAAUGGCGACGGAAGCAAAAAGACCAAAGACAGGUGAUGAGAAGAGUGUGCUGGAGCCCCUGAACAACUUCUUGCUGUGGUGUGAAAGUGUGCAGCUCACUCUCAGCGAUAAGGUGUACUUAGGUAAAGAGGGUACAGCAGCAGAAUAUGGUAUGCUUGCCAAAGAGGACAUUGAAGAGGGACACGUCCUGUUCACCAUUCCCAGAGAUGCUCUUCUGCAUCAGGGCACUACCAAAGUCAAAAAAGUGCUGGAAGAAGGAAAGAAGUGUUUGGAGAGUGCGUCAGGCUGGGUUCCUCUUCUUCUGAGUCUCAUGUAUGAGUACACCUCUUCAACAUCCCACUGGAAACCAUAUUUGUCUCUUUGGCCAGAUUUUAGGACUCUGGAUCAACCCAUGUUCUGGUCUGAAGAGGAGUGUGAUAAACUCCUAAAAGGCACAGGAAUUCCUGAGUCAGUCAUCACUGACCUGAGAAGACUCCAGGAUGAGUACAAUAGCGUGGUCCUCCCCUUCAUGAAGUCCCAUCCUGACCUGUGGGACCCUGAGAAGCACAACCUGGAGCUCUACAAGAGCCUCGUUGCAUUUGUUAUGGCCUAUAGCUUCCAAGAGCCUGUAGAAGAUGAUGAUGAAGAUGAAGAGGAUGAUGAAAAAAAGCCAAACCUUCCAAUGAUGGUGCCAAUGGCCGACAUGCUGAAUCACAUUUCCAAGCACAAUGCCAAUCUGGAAUACACUCCUGAGUGUUUGAAGAUGGUGUCAAUACGGCGUAUUGGGAAGGGCGAGGAGGUGUUCAACACAUACGGGCAGAUGGCAAACUGGCAGCUCCUCCACAUGUAUGGAUUUGCGGAGCCAUUUCCUAAUAAUAUCAACGAGACAGCAGAUAUUAAGAUGGCCAGUGUGUACAAAGCUGCAGCGCAAGUGGCACGAAGUGAAGCAAAUCAGCAGCUCUUAGAGGACAAAUGGAAGAUGUUGUGUGAGAUGGAGGUUGUGGGAGAGAAAGGAGUCUUCAUAUUUGGCCAGUCUGGCUCUUUAACAUAUCAUGAGCUCUACACCACACUGAAGGUCCUGUGUAUGUCUUCACAAAUUUUUGAGGACUUUCGUGAAAACGAAGGCUGGGAGGAGGAUGAUGAGGACGACGAUGAUAAAAUGGAGCAGGAUCUGAGUUUUGAAGGACUGGCCAGUUUGUCUGUGGAGUGGAAACGUCUCCUGUAUGUGGCAGCUACUGAGACGCUGGACUCUUAUAAUGAGGAUGUCGAGACAGACAGGAGGCUGAUGGAGGAUCAGAGAGCUCUGGCUGAACUCAGCAGUAGAGAGAGGAGAGCUUUGUAUGUGCGCCUCGGUCAGAAGAACAUCCUGCAGCGAAUACAGCAGCUCACCAAACCUGCAUCUUAAAGUAUGCUUUCCACAAACAUUCUUAUACAGUGCUGAAACUGCAUUCUGGGAAACAUCGUGUUGGAGAAACAUUUCUGUAACAAUUGCAAAUGCUGAAUGAUUCUGAGCUGUUGUGAAACAUAUUUAGCAUAAAAUUUGCUUAAAGUCCAUUUACAUCUACAUCUGGCAGGCAUUGUUAAAAAAAAAAAAAAAA